AUGGCUCAUAGGCCAUUGAGUGCCAGGCCAAAUCUCACUUCAUCAUCACCCUACUCACACGAAGCACGCUUCACAUCAAUGAACAGGCAGAGAAGCACAUCAGCAGUCGCAUUGCCACACAACGAUCUAGGUCGUGCCGCACAGGGAUUCAUCUCUAUUCCAGGGGGGGUAGCAGGCCUCAACUCAGAAGCACAGCACAUAUGGGAGUCGCUCAUGACACUCCAUUGUUCGCGAUACACCCCUUUGUCGACACACCUUGCUCGAGCGUUACCCCUCCUCACUCAUCCCUCGCUACCACUCCCAGCCGCACUCCAGAUCCUAAUAUUCACCUCUUCCCUCGCACCUUCCCUCCGCGCACUCAUCCUCUCCCAACACCCACACCUUGACACGCUCGACGAAGCAGUCGGCGCCGCUAGACUUGCCGAGCGUGCGAAGCAGCGGAUGGAUUGGAUAGGACGGACGAUGACCGCGCUCGAAGUCACUUCACCACAGUCUUCCCCGAUGCCCUCCGUUCUCCACCGACCAUCACCACCUCGAACGUCUUCUAGUCGACCAUCUUCCAGCAGCUACAGCGGAGGGUGGUCACGUCCGUCUACCGGAACCACCGGCACCACCCCUUCUCCUUCCUUUUCGAGGGCGCCGUGGAGCUCACGAAAGCGUUCGUAUGAUGAUGAUGAACCGAGAGUCCGCAGUCACAGACGGAAGAAGGUCAAGAUGCAUCUCACGUGCGACGCCAACUGCACUCGGCAUGAUCAUGAUCAUGGUCUUGAUGAGGAUCGACCGGGAAGCAGCGAAAGCAGCGUUGCUUCUGACAAAUCACCCCAAAGCGGCAUGGACGCGCUGGCUGAUGCCGCUGUCGAGGCUGCGCGGGAGCAGCUCCAGCGUCUGUAGUGGCUCACUCUUCACAUCUGGGUUCUUACUGAUUAUCUUGUUGUACAAAUACGUAACCGUCGCACAGCUCUCAUCAUCUGUCACAUUAGUGUCAUCGACCAGUGGGGAAGUAAGAAUACAAAUAACAACAAAC